AACAAUCCGUGGUUAAAAAGUUAAGACUCAUGACGAGUGACGAUGAGACUAGUAGUGAGUAUGAGGCUGUGUUGAGGAACACGUGCUGUCGAAUGUGCUGAAAUUCAGUUUCAAUUUCCGCGUUCCGCUCGGAGAUGCGGUUUUCAUUUCCGAAUACAAUACAAGCCAUGAUCUUGUUCCAAGGGAAAAGUGAUGCAGAGAAGGAAGCAGGGAAGAAGGGUUAUCAAUCUUCGCGCGCGCGCUGUAAUUUCGGAAGAUGCAGCCUCGACUAGGCGAUAGAUCAAAGUGUGCAACGAUCGCGCAAGCGACGACACCUUCAGUCCGCUCGCGCGCGAGUUUUGUUUGUAGGUUCGUCGUGUCUCGCGCAGCGAUAUUUUACGUUGAUCUCGGGUGGGUAGGCGCGGGUGUAGGCGAAUAGCGAUCGCGGUCGCGUGAACGGCGCUCGAGGAGGACGCCGUAGAUGUUUCCGGGAGACGUUCUUUUCGACGAAGCCGGUUUCCCCAGCUCGACCUCUCGUGCGGAAAUCGCUUGUAACGCAGAUGACGUUUCGCGGUGACGUCGCGGUUAUUCCUCGGGCGAAGCAACAACGGCAAAGGUAAACACCUCUCAUUUCCCGGCAGGGCAGUAGCUCCUCGACGUACGUCGAGUACGAGCGUCUUGAAAUGCAGAGACGUUAGUUCGAAAACCGAUCGCGAACAUUCAUGGUCGCGUGAAAUUUUUAAGACAUUAUGAAAUGCAGAGAUACGUCGUGUCAUCGCGCGGCUUGUAAAAAAAGAAAAUCCCCCUCCCGACGAAGCGACUCGUUUGACACAAUCUACCAUUCCGCAAUGAUUUCGUUGUCUCGUUAAGUUAAGCAAAUUCCGAGCGCGUUUGUGCUAAAAGAAGAGAACGAAGGAAAACACGCAGAGACUGCUCGCGCGAGCGAGUGAUGGGGAGCGUCUGCUAAUGCGCCGAUUUACCGAUGGCAGCGGACGAGACUGUUCAUAAUUCUGGAGGUACAACCACCGGCACCAUUACGACGCUCGAGGGUAAAGUUCCGUCGCGACGCCGACGGAAGAUCGAUGCGGCCGCACCGGCUCCGCCGCAGAAAAUGGCGAUCCCGGCCGGCAGGAACUUUGCCAGCUGCUACAUGGAGCUGUGCAAGCAGCAACGACUGCGACCGUUGCCGGUGAUAUGUGUGACCCUGCCGCACAGUUUGGACUUCACCACCGAUCGCGUCAAGAUGGACGACUGGGGGCCGAUCUUGAAUUCCCUCUCCCUCGAUCGCUCGCUCAGGUCAAUCAGCGUGCACAGCAGGUAUCAAUGUCGCAAGCCGCUGGAGGAGGUGAACUCCGAGGAUAAGGCGCGAGCGAUGGGGGGGAAGGCUCCAGUGGUCCUCACGCGCUACCUGCUGGAGUGGCUGUCGCAGAGCGUCGGCCAGUGCAUGAGGAACUCGAGCAGCCUCACGCACCUGGAGCUCGAGGGCAUCCCCUUUCCGGCGGACUGCGUCGCGGUGCUCUCCGUCGGGCUGUCGAGCACGCAGACCCUGCUCCACCUGUCCCUUCGACGCUGCUACAUCGGCGACGACGGCUGCGAGCUGAUCUGCCGCACGAUCGCGGACGCCCGUAGCCUGAGGUCGCUGAACCUCAGCUACUGCGACCUCACGUCGAGCUCCGGCGGCGUGUUAGCGUCCGCGCUCUCGCGGCAGAAAUUGGCGCUGUACCACGACACCUGGAAGCAGUCGCUGAGAUACCGCGAACCGAACCUCGAGGCGAUGCGAGGCCUCCGCCGCUUGACCCUGAACGACAACCCGCAGCUGGGCAACUGCGCCGUGCGGCAGCUGAUCGACGCGAUACGCGAAAGUCUCUGGCUGAAGGCAUUGGACCUCCAGCACUGCGGCCUGACCGACCAGAUCGGCCCGGACUUGUUGGAGCUGCUGAGCCAUAACGACACGUUAACCGUACUCGACGUCAGGAGGAACAUCAAUCUGAACGAGAGCCUUGCGAUGGAAGUGAUGCGCAGGCUGGAGGAGAACGAUGCCGAGGGCAAGUCGGAAUAUCGCUGGUUGAGACUGCAGACGAAAGACCAGCGGACCGCCGCCUCUUCGGCUACUGCCGCUCCAAGAGGCGAGAAUGAGCAGGCCGGGAAUCGGGCUGCUUGUCAGCUCCUUGUGGAGAGGAAAACUUCGCUCUUCGCGAAAACCAGGCCCGCGAGAAGGCCGUCCCAAGUGAUCCACCCUAGGAGAACAGCUCCAGCACCAACGAAGAUGAAGAAGACCCGAGCGCAAUCGCCGCCUGUGCGCGAUACCACCUGCAGUCAGCGAGACAACCUGCAGCCGCAGAUGCUCGAUGCCGUCCGACUGAUGCCCAAGGUCUCCCUUCACUUAGACCUCCAGUCUCGCAUUCAGCCGGAGGUGGAUCCCAGCAACCAUGACAUACCGAUGGAGAACCGAUCAGGACUCGAGAACGUCUCUCGAGGCUCCGGCAAGGCGAGCCUAGUCAGCCUGGACUCGACCAAGGUGGAUGUCGCCACGCAGAGCGUGGAUCUUCAAGACGAUUCGAACGAGAUGAAGAACAUCCUGAGACAACUGACGGAAGUCCAAGCGGAGUACGAUCGUCUCAUGGAGGAGACGAAGCGCGUCGACCUCCUGCUGCUCAAGGAACAAUCGCGUCGCGAGACCGCAGAGACCAACCUGCGAUCGGUGCAGAGCAACAUGGCGGAGCUGGAGGACGCUCUACAGAGGAACUACGAAACCAAGGGCUUCCUGCUGGUCAGCCAACAGUCCUUCGACGAGAUCUGCCUGUCUUUCAACCGACUAUUCGACAUGCUGGAGAACGUCGGCACGGACCUCACCGCCAGGACGCAGGACUCGCGCAAGAGGGCGCAGGCGGACAUCAGACGGCGCUUGGCGUCCGUCAUCAGGCAGACCAAGUCGGAGAACCUGAAGAGGGUGUGCAAGGAGAAGCUGGAGUCGUCGCGAUACAACGUCGACAGCGGACGGAAGUUCGCCAAGUCCGAGAGCGACGUGCGCUCGAGCCUGCCGAUCCCGGCGGUCCAGCUCGAGAGGAAGAUCGGCGAGAGCCCGGACGAGGAGAACGCCGCGCGUCGUCGGCGUCACGGCAACGCCGCCGCCACCUGCGACAAACCCAUGUCCUCCGUCGAGCGCGCCCGGGCGAUCUUCGCCAGCAUCGUCAACGGCGAUUCCGUGCUCGACUGCUACUAGUCGGCCGUGGAUCGACCGGGCGAACGGCCGAUUCUCCAAGGGCGAAGGGUGCCUCCAGGGCGACGCAUAUGUAUAUCUUGUGGAUGUAUAUAUAUAUAUAUAUAUAUACACGUGCGCGUUGGCAGCGUACGCCGCGCUUACAAUCCUUCCGUCAGCGAAAGGCAUUUCCCGACUCGCGCGAGCAACGCGCUCCUUCCGCCGCAGGACUCAUUGAGCGUCACGAAGAAGAGCGCGAGCGAGAACCGGCGUCCUUCGAAGGACGCGGCUUUUUCCUACCUUCCGUUCUCCUCGACGUGUAACAGCGAGAUGGAAUGGACGGGCGAACGUAAUUAUAUCGGACGACCCCUCGCGGUAGAAGAGUUCAGAUGCGCAUCUCCUUCGCAUCGGCCGGACUGGCGAACUCGACUCCCGACGAGAUCCAUUAUUUCGUAAGUGCGCCUCGCAAGGUGCAAGAACAGGGCAAAAUCGGUGCCGGCAGUGCGCUUUCUUUUCCGUGUCCCGAGUGACUCGCGGCUUAAGCCGAGCAGUUACGUUAAUCCGCGAUCGCGCGUGCCGCUGAUUUAAGAGUCCGCUGAAAGAGUCUGCCGGGCGCGGAGGUCGAAACCGUCGUGGGUCGUCUUUCUCUCUCUCUCUCUCCCUCUCUCUCUCUCUCCCUU